AUGUUGCGACUUGUUAGGGGUGCCUCGUUGGGCCCCGUCACGAAGGGCCGAGCACCACUUUCUCGCAUCCCACUCGUCCGCUCCUCGUCAACCAUAUCCCUAACCGAAGACCUUAGAAUGUAUACCGACGAGUCCGCUAUCAGAUCCGAGUCCACCUCUUCUGCAUGGCUUGCCCAGAAGAUGGGCAUCUGCGUUGAGAAAGCCAAGAUGUGCACGCCAUGCCCGUACCCAACGACCUAUGUUCCUGACGUGGGCCAUUUGACGAGGGAAGAAUACGCCGAACUUGUGCUGCAUUUCCAAGACAAGCUGAUUGCUUCCUGGGAGAAGGUUUGGUUUGGCCUGUACCAGGUCCACGACGGCAAGGGACCGACCCAUGCCAGCCAGCUGCGAAAACUAUACAUGGGGGCUGGCAUGGCCGAGCUGCUGAAUACUCGGAAUCCCAUGUCUGACGAGCAUCAAGAUGAAACCACCAUCGGUUUACAAAGCCUUCUCUCCAAUGCCCUGUUUGAUAAUCGCGAAAAACAACCAGUCAUCGAGACACUCCAGCUUUAUGAUGGCGUCGCCUUGGAUAAUUUACAGUAUAUAACCAGCUUGUUGAAGGAGUACGAAGAGCAGGUCGAGGCUCUCUCAAGUCUGCACCAGUUCCUGCGCCAACAUCAAGUUGACGGCCUUCCGACCAAGAAUCACCAGGCAUUUAUCUCGUGCGAAUUCCGUAAACGCGCAGGUCCCAUAGCUCGAACACUGUGCAGUCUCGAUGCACAGAUGCAGGUCUUGCAGAUGGACAUGGAAAACGAGGCGCGCAAAAUUCACGGCAGUCUUCAUGGGGUCAACACCAUGCUUGUCAGGGAUCAGGUUUUGCGAUGA